CCCAAUAGCCGCAGCAAUAUCCUCCGGCCCAGAGCAUCCUUCCUCCCCUCAGGAUUCCCUUGGUGGUCACAGGGAGGACCCUGGCCCCCAGGAAACACGGCUGCUGUGGAGGCAGAGGCAGAUAAACUACAGAUCCCGGCAUUCUCCUGCAGGCAGCACCUGCGGCAAUCCCUGCACGCUGGGAGGCGGGGGGGGGAGGAUGAGGAUGGAGGGCAGGGAGGAGAUGCAGGGUGCCGUGGGGCUACGCUGCACCUGGGACAUCUCGUCACCCGCUGGCACCCACGCCAAGUGGGUGAGGCUCAACGUGGGGGGCACAGUCUUCCUCACCACCAGGCAGACCCUGUGUCGGGAGCAGAAAUCUUUCCUGUGUCGCUUGUGCCAGGGCGAGGAGCUGCAGUCGGACCGGGAUGAGACUGGUGCAUACCUAAUAGACCGGGACCCCACUUACUUUGGACCCAUCCUGAAUUUCCUCCGUCAUGGGAAGCUGGUCCUGGAUAAAGAUAUGGCUGCAGAGGGGGUCCUAGAAGAAGCUGAGUUCUAUAACAUUGGUCCUUUAAUCCGAAUAAUCAAGGAUCAACUGGAGGAGAAGGACUACACAGUAACUCAGGUGCCUCCUAAGCACGUCUACCGCGUGCUACAGUGCCAGGAAGAGGAGCUCACUCAGAUGGUGUCCACUAUGUCGGAUGGAUGGCGCUUUGAGCAGCUUGUGAACAUUGGCUCAUCCUAUAACUACGGGAAUGAGGAUCAGACAGAGUUCCUGUGCGUGGUCUCCAAAGAGCUUUACAACUCCCCCAAUGGCCUGAGCUCUGAGCCCAGCCACAAAGCCAAGAAAGAACUGCCAUGGCUCAUCUUGCAAGUAUCUCCACUGUUUCUUCCCUUUGUCCUGCAUGCUGGGCCACAGAGCACAGAGGAGGACCUGGAAGAGGAGGAGCAGGAGGUGGAGGAGGAGGCAGAGGCAGAAGCAGAAGCAGAGGAGAAAGGUGCAGCAAAUCCUUGAGGAAAAUGAUAAAAAUACCCCCCCAAGCAUAGACCCGUCCACCUUUCUGGUGAGAGCUCACAGCUAGCUGCAGGGAAGGACUAGGGCAGAUAUGGGGUUUCGGGGCAGUACUCUCCAGGAGCAGGAGUCUCUCUGGAGAUAAAGCUGACGGGGGAGAGCUGUUACCGUGGCUGCUGCUUUGUAUUUUAAACUGUUUGGUUUAUUUACGGUUAUAUUUUUAUUUGCAGACUGUCCGUCUAUUCGGGAUUGCACUAAACUCUUCCUUCCUCCGGACCCUCCCUCCUGCUCCCCUCCGUGUCCAUCCCAGCACUGUCCCCUACCUCCCACUCUGCCCCACUCCCCAGCCUCCAGCAUCCUUCCCUCUGCUCUCUUUCAACCCCCAGGGCUCAGAGUGGUCCCUGCCGGGGCCCCUGUCUCUCUCUGCUCCUCACUUUUCCUCCUCUGCAGGUAUGUUACCUGUCCGCACUCUCAGCUCCCGCCAGCCUGAGCUCUGCAUGAGUGACUCACUUCCCUCUUGUGGGUAUGGCCCUGGUUUGUAGAGCUUGGGGAGGGGAAGGAGGGAGGGGAGGUUGACUCAUCCCUAAGGUAGCUUUUCCAAUUCUCAUCCUAUGUGUGCCUUUACCUGCCAAGCAGGCCCUACGGCUCCAGACCAGAGGCUCUGGCAGCAGAAAGGAGAGCACAGCUGGCAGAAAUGAAGAGGGGUGGAAAUGAAUGCAAAGCAGGCAGGGGUGGCACGGGGAAGCGGGGGAAGUCUGCCAUGUGGCUGCCUGACAUGCAUGCCAGAUCGCUUCUCCAGACUGCUGUCCGCAGCUCCUUUGCCUGCCAGCCUGAGAGCAGUUUGCAGAAGGCAGCCUGUUAUUUUCCCCUCCCCGCUCUCGCUUCCCUGGGCUUUUCCCCCACCGCCUCUGCCAGGGCGAGAGCGCAGUGGGAGAGGGUGGCGAAGGCAAAGCAGAAGCGGCUGGUCCCUGCUCCAGAUGUUCUCGCAGCUGUGUGCGAAUUGAGCCUCUGUGCUCUGCCUCCUGGCGUGCAUGGGGCUGGGUACAGAAAGGUUUAGAAGGAGCAUCCUCUCUUGUACUGGAAAACGGUGGGGGUCUUGUUAAACUGGAGGUGCUCAGUGCCACUCUCCGUCCUGGUGGAGGGAUCUUGUUAGCUGGCUGACAUUUGUCUCUCCCUCUGUUCGAGAGCCUCCUUGUCCAUGGUUGUGGGACCUGAGUGUUAUUCUCUUAAAAGUCAGUGUAUGUUAAUCGUGCAGCCUUUUUCUUCCUUUUUCUCUGUUCUCCCACCCUCACUCCUCAUCUCUUUUCUUUUUCUUCCAUUCUCAUUUCCUCUGUCAUUUCCCUCUUCCUGUUUCUCACUCUCCCUUCCAUGCUCAAUCGCUUUUUAUUCCUGCCGUUGAUUUGCUUUCUCUCCUUCUCUCUCCUUCUCUAGCUGUUGCAAGCCAGAGGUCUGAGGAUGUGAUCCCGACACUCCACUCCGGCCUUUUCAUUUCUUGUUUAUAUCUUUAUUUUUGUACUGCAGUGUACGGCAGCCCCCUGCCUCACAGUGACACUUCACGCUUCACACGCAGCCAUUCUUUUUUACAAACUCACCUGGGAGGCCUGAACCUCCAGCCCUGGAGAAGGGUAGAUGAUCCAUGGAGCCCCUGGGCUGUUCGAGGGGCUGGAGCCCAUGGCCCCCUCCCAUGCCUAGCAGCCUGGCUUUCCUUAAUGUCACAGUGGCCCCUGCUGGGGACAUCAGCGAUCAGCCACUGCAGCCUGCGGUCCCUUCUGAACACCCUGGAUGCGACUGGGACCCCGAGUCAGUGGUGGCAGCUGAGGAAGGACCAGUCCUUGCCCUUUGGCUGUUGCAGGCAGCUGGUCUGGGCUUGUGGCCAGAGGGCAAGUGCAGAGCCACAGCCCUUUUCUGGGCCACCUGCACUGCUCCUGGGGUGUCCCUGCGCUGGGUAUCACGCUCCUUGGUGCCUCCUUCCCUUGUCCCCCAAAGCAGCCCUGUGUUGGCAGGGUGAGGAGGAGACAG